AUGACUAGUCAUGAAGACUUCUCCGUCAAGGAAACAAGGCCGAACAUUAGUAGCCGGAGGAUCUCCACCGGUCCAGUGAGUAGUUUUGAUCUGGUGGAGCACAUGCAGUAUCUAUAUGUGAGGGUUGUGAAAGCCAGAGAGUUGCCACUUCCCUGUGACCCUUAUGUUGAACUGAAGCUUGGAAACUACACAGGAACCACAAUGCCCUUCCAGAAGACUCCAAACCCGGUAUGGAACCAAGUGUUUGCUUUCUCCAAAGACAGAAUUCAAGAUAUAACUAUGGAGAUUUUGGUGAAGGACAGGGCUGUUGUUGUGGACGGUCAAGGUCAUCCGACCAUUGGCAAGUUCUCUUUCAUUGUUCCCGAGGCUCCCAUGAGAAUUCCCCCGGAUAGUGCAUUGGCACCGGAAUGGUAUAGGCUAGAAGGUCUAAAUGGGGUUAAGAUUCGAGGAGAGUUGAUGCUGUCUUUUUGGUUUGGAACACAGGCAGAUGAGGCUUUUUCAGAAGCUUGGCACGCUGAUGUGGCUGCAGUCAGUGGUGAUUUUGUUUCCACUACUCGUUCCAAAGUUUACCUUUCUCCUAGGCUUUGGUAUCUUAGAGUGAAUGUGAUUGAAGCUCAGGAUCUGAUACUUAAAAUAAACAAUAACAAGGUAGAGGCAUCAGAUUUGUUGGUGAAAGCAGGUCUUGGGAACUUGUUCAUGAGAAGUAGAGUUUCUAAAAAUAAGAGUGUAAACCCGGAAUGGAAUGAAGACCUAAUGUUUGUUGCAGCAGAACCAUUUGAUGAUCCUUUGGUUGUGAGUGUGGUGGAACUGGUGAACAGAAAGGAGGAACAUUGUAUAGGGAUGUGUGUGAUUCCUCUAAGCGAUGUGGAUAGGAGGAUAGGUGCUGCCCCUCCUGCGAAUAAGUGGUAUAAUCUUUCCAUGAUGGUUGAGGGUCAGCAGAAAGAUGUCAAGUUUGCUAGUAAGCUCCACAUGAGGAUUAGUUUGGAUGGGGGAUACCAUGUUCUUGAUGAGCCUACUAAUAAUAUCAGUGAUCUUCUCCCGUCAUCAAAGCUACUAUGGAGACCUCCAAUUGGGGUUUUGGAGUUGGGAAUCUUGAAUGCUACUGGACUAUCACCUAUAAUGAACAAUAGGCCUUCGGAUCAGGUCUGGGCAUAUUGUGUGGCAAAAUAUGGGACAAAGUGGGUAAGAACAAGGACAAUUGUUGAUAGUUUGGAGCCGAAAUGGAAUGAACAAUAUACUUGGGAAGUCUAUGAUCCAUGUACAGUCAUUACCAUUGGAGUUUUUGACAAUGGAUGUGGGAACAAUAAGCUGGACUUGUGUAUGGGGAAGGUAAGGAUUCGGCUAUCUACUCUCGAAACUGAUAGGGUAUACACAAAUUCUUAUCCCCUCGUGGUUCUAACACCUUUUGGUUUAAAGAAGAUCGGGGAAAUCCAAUUGGCUGUGAGAUUUUCUUGUUCAUCUUUGCUUAACUUGCUCAACCAAUAUGCACAGCCUCUGCUACCCAAAUUGCAUUACAUUCUCCCACUAUCAAUAUAUCAGCUUGCUAGCUUAAGGCACCAAGCGGCUUAUAUCAUCGCAACAAGGUUAAGUCGGGCCGAGCCACCAUUAAGGAAAGAGGUUGUGGAUUACAUGCUGGAUGCCAAUGCACAUCUAUGGAGCAUUAGAAGAAGCAGAGCCAAUUUCAACAGGAUCAUCAAACUUUUUGAUGGUAUUGUUGCUCUUUACAAAUGCUUUGAGAAGAUCCGCAAAUGGACUAAUCCCAUUGUCACGGGGAUUGUCCACAUCAUAUUCUUGGUUCUGCUUUUCUUUCCUGGUGUGAUACUUCCCACUAUGUUUUUCUACUUCUGUGGCCUAGGGAUCUGGCGCUUCCGGAGAAGGCCUAGACAGAUUGCAUACAUAGAUACCGAAUUGUCUACUGCCUCCAACGUAACUCCAGAAGACUUGGCUGAAGAGUUUGAUCCGUUCCCAUCAAGAAAGAAUAGCAUUGAUGAUCUAAGAAGGAGAUACGAUUUACUUCGAAGUCUUGGGGGAAGGAUUCAGACAGUGCUUGGUGAUAUAGCAACUCUAGGGGAGAGAGUGCAGUCUUUGGUGAGCUGGAGGGAUCCAAGAGCUACAUUUAUGUUUGUUCUCUUCUCUUUUGUUGCUGGGGUAAUAGCUUACCUUGUCCCCUUCAGAAUCUUAGCGUUUGUUGCAUUCAUUUACGAGCUAAGGCACCCAAGUUUGCGAAUCGAUCUCCCUUCAUUCCCACGAAACUUCCUCAGGAGGAUGCCAGCCAGAUCUGAUACAAUGAUUUGA